AAUACCAUUUCAAUAACAUUACUUCGGUUAUUGAAUUGCCCGUGGUGCAAGAUUCACUUGGAAGCCCAAUAUCAUGGAAUUCUAUCCAUUCUCUUUACAGUCUUGAUGUUGAGUCUUCUUGUGUGGACCCCUGCAUCUUGGAAUCAACAACCAAAAGAAGAUGAUGCAGCUCUUAUGAGGAAGAGAUGCUCAGAAAGCUACUCUCGCCCCUAACUAGCUUUUCUGGUCUUCAAUAUUGUAAAGAUAUGACCAAAGGAUUUCAAUGGUUUAUGAAAUUUGGAAGGAAAUGGUUUCAGUGAGAGUCAUCUUUAUAUUGAUCAAGUGCACUCGUUAAUUGCAGUGUUCAAUCCAGUACGUACAUCCUGCAAACUUCCAAUUGAGGGAGGAUCAGUUGUCUGGAAGCUAGCUCCGUAAAAGAUGGCACAUUUUGUUCAUCAUCUUUGUACUUUCAUCAGUGGCUACAUUGUUGGAUUCAGGAAGUCUUGGAAGAUCUCUUUGGCAAUUCUUGCGGUCACUCCUUUAACAAUGUUCUGCGGCAUAGCUUAUAAGGCAGUUUAUGUCGGCUUGGCUACAAAAGAAAUGAAUUCUUACAAGAAAGCUGGUGGUGUAGCAGAACAAGCUAUAAGUUCAAUCAGAACUGUAUUUUCCUUUGUAGCAGAGCAAAAUUUAGCAGAUAAAUAUGAUGCAUUAUUGGUAGAGUCUGUGCCUGUGGGAAAAAAACUUGGUUUUGCAAAGGGCGUCGGUAUAGGUGUUAUAUAUUUGGUUACUUAUGGGACCUGGGCAUUGGCUUUUUGGUAUGGAUCAAUUUUGAUAUCAAAAGAUGAAAUAUCUGGUGGUAAAGCCAUUGCUUGUUUCUUUGGGGUCAAUGUUGGUGGGAGGGGUUUGGCAUUAUCACUCUCAUAUUUUGCUCAAUUUGCACAAGGGACUGUAGCAGCCAGUAGAGUGUUUCAAGUUAUUGACAGAAUUCCAGCAAUAGACCCUUAUUCUACGAUGGGGAGAAGACUCUCAAGUGGACAUGGAAAAGUCGAGUUUAAAAAUGUUUCUUUUGCUUAUCCAUCUCGCCCCACUAUUCCAAUUCUUAACUCCCUCAACUUGGUGGUUCCAUCUCAAAGAACAUUAGCACUAGUUGGUGCAAGCGGUGCUGGAAAGUCAACUGUUUUUGCUCUUUUAGAGAGGUUCUACGAUCCUCUUGAGGGUGUUGUAACAUUGGAUGGCCAUGAUAUAAGGACGUUGCAAGUGAAAUGGCUAAGAAGUCAAAUGAGCAUGGUGGGUCAAGAGCCGGUUCUCUUUGCAGACACAAUUCUUGUAAACAUAAUGAUGGGGAAAGAGAAUGCAACCAAGAAAGAGGCUAUCACCGCCUGUGUUGCUGCAAAUGCACACAAAUUCAUAAGCAGUUUACCAGAUGGUUAUGAUACACAGGUCGGUGAUAGAGGAACCCAACUCUCUGGUGGUCAAAAACAGCGCAUUGCGUUGGCUCGAGCCAUGAUCCAAGACCCCAAGAUCCUUUUGUUAGACGAGCCCACAAGUGCACUAGACCCCGAGUCUGAGACGCUCGUCCAGCAAGCUAUUGAUAAGAUUUCGAGAGGUAGAACCACCAUGGUGAUUGCUCAUAGGCUGGCAACUGUAAGAAACGCUGACAAGAUUGUUGUGAUGGAACGAGGAUCUGUUAUUGAAAUUGGGAACCAUCAACAACUAAUGAAAACGAAAGGAGCCUACUUUGCUCUCAUCCAGCUUGCGUCUGAAGCUGUGUCAUCAAAUCCUAAAUCUGGAAAUGGAAUGGGAAGAAAACAUGAAACUUCAAGUGCUCAAGAUCUUUUAAAAUCAAACCAUGUGCACGAGAUAUCAAGGUCAGAGUACAUGAAAUCCGUCCAAGAGGAAGACCAAGAAGAAACAAGAAAAGAAAUCAAACCAAAAUCAUACAGGAUUUCCAUGGUAUGGAAACUACAAAAACCAGAGGGCGGAAUGUUGUUUAUAGGAAUACUUUUAGGUAUGGUAGCGGGUGCAAUUCUCUCCAUUUUUCCGUUGGUUUUAGGCCAAGGUCUUAACGUCUACUUCAAGUCCGACAAGUCAACGAUGAAAAGUGAUAUUCGGGUCCUCUGUUUGAUUCUGGUUGGACUUGGGUUCACGAUUAUUCUUGCCAUGACAGGUCAACAAGGUUUCUGUGGUUGGGCUGGUUCAAACCUCACCAAGAGAGUUCGCAACCUUCUCUUUCGGUCUAUUCUGAAACAAGAGCCAGGGUGGUUCGACUAUGAUGAAAACUCAACCGGGAUACUUGUUUCAAGGCUAUCCAACGACUGUAUAAGUUUCAGGUCAGUCUUGGCCGAUAGAUACUCGGUUUUAUUUAUGAGUUUGAGCACAGCUGCUGUGGGAAUAGGCAUUUCAUUCUUUCUCCAAUGGAGGUUAGCCCUUUUGGCUACCCUUCUCACUCCUUUUACACUUGGGGCUAGCUACUUUAACUUGCUCAUCAACAUUGGACCAAAGUUAGACAAUGCUUCUUAUGACAAAGCCACCAGAAUCGCUUCUGGUGCGGUAUCAAACAUUAGAACGGUUGCAACUUUUGCAACUCAAGAUAAGAUUGUUAAUUCUUUUGAACAAUCUUUAUCGAACCCAAAAGCGACAUCUGUAAAACGAUCACAAAUCACAGGGAUAGCAUUAGGGUUCUCUCAAGGUGCAAUGUAUGGAGCUUAUACUGUAAUUCUAUUGUUCGGGGCUUACCUUGUAAAAGAAGGCCACACGAAGUUCGGGGAUGUUUACAAGAUCUUCUUGAUUCUUGUUUUGAGCUCGUUUUCAGUGGGGCAAUUGGCAGGUCUUGCUCCAGACACUUCCAAAGCCUCUACUGCAAUUCCUGCCGUAUACGAUAUCAUUAGCCGCACUCCAUUGAUUCGUGGGAAAGGAAGAAAGAUUGAAGGCUCAAAGCCUAUUGAUGUAGAGUUCAAGACGGUUACUUUUUCGUAUCCUUCUCGGCCUCAUGUGAUGGUGUUGAAGGAUUUUAGCCUCAAGGUAAAAGGCGGAACCAUGGUGGCGGUGGUCGGGAGCAGUGGCUCGGGGAAAUCCACAUUGAUAUGGCUGACACAAAGGUUUUACGAUCCGAUAAAAGGUAAGGUAUUAAUGGGAGGAAUCGACUUGAGGGAGCUUGAUUUGAAAUGGCUGCGAUCUCAAACAGCUUUGGUGGGUCAAGAGCCUGCAUUGUUUGCUGGUAGCAUUGGAGAAAACAUUGCAUUCGGAAACCUUAACGCUUCAUUUGCUGAGAUUGAAGAAGCUGCUAAAGAAGCUUACAUUCAUAGUUUCAUUUGUGGCCUCCCCAAAGGCUAUGAAACUGAGGUGGGUCAGAGUGGGGUUCAGCUAUCAGGAGGUCAAAAACAAAGAAUAGCAAUCGCAAGAGCAAUAGUGAAGAGAUCGAGAGUAUUGCUACUAGAUGAAGCAAGUAGUGCACUGGAUUUGGAAUCUGAGAAGAACGUUCAAGAAGCGUUUAGGAAGAUAACAAAACGUGCCACGACCAUCGUGGUGGCUCACCGCCUGUCAACCAUCCGAGAAGCCAACGUGAUAGCGGUGGUCCAAGAUGGGAAACUGACCGAGUAUGGAAGCCAUGAUAGGCUCAUGACUUCACAUCAUGAUGGUGUUUAUGCCAGUCUUGUUCGUGCUGAAACAGAAGCAAAUGCAUUUGCUUGAAUAAUAAUUCAUCAUUUGGCAGAAAAUGGAUCCCAUUUUUUUUUUUUUCAAGUAACGACUUCGUUUCCUGGCAUAAUUUUUGGUACUUGUAUAAUACUGGUAAUUUCUAUUCUAUUCCCUGCUAUCUAUGUUGUAGUUAUAUCUAA